ACAACCCAUGAUACACUGAUUUAGCCCUUUCACCGCUCCCGCUUUUAGUUUUAAAAUACACCAUGUGACGAUGACGUCGUGCAUCACGUGCGAGAAACGUCGCGAGAGAACGAAUUGCCACUUGGAACUAGCAGCAACACUAGAACGAGCUGUCACUGCAGUGAGGGACUGUAGUUGGAGCGCCUGCUAGACCCGAGUGAUGGAAGCGAGGACGGAACCGCCAGAGAGCUGUUACACGGUCUCAUACUUGAUUUGAUAAACAUUUAAAAAAGAGAUAUCAUGGACAUUGCCUCAGGGACAACGUGGAAGAACUUCUCUUCUGGCAUCAAUAUGCUUGGAGACAGUGCUGAUCAGACUAAUACCACUGGUGGAUCUGCUUCUAUGUCUAUAAACAGGCUGUUCCCUGCUCUGCUGGAAUGUUUUGGCAUCAUCAUGUGUGGCUACAUUGCUGGAAGAGCAAAUGUCAUAAGUGCAACGCAAGCCAAAGGACUGGGCAACUAUGUCUCCCGUUUUGCUCUUCCUGCUUUGCUGUUCAAGAACAUGGUGGUUCUAGAUUUCUCCAACGUCAACUGGUCUUUUCUCUACAGCAUCCUCAUUGCCAAAGCUUCUGUGUUCAUAGUAGUCUGCGUGCUUACAUUAUUAGUGGCUAAUCCACAGACUCGAUUCAGUAAAGCUGGACUUUUCCCUAUAUUUGCUACUCAGAGUAAUGAUUUUGCACUUGGUUAUCCCAUAGUUGAAGCCUUGUACAAAACCACUUACCCCAAGUACCUUCAGUACAUUUACUUGGUGGCUCCGGUCUCCCUAAUGAUGCUGAACCCUUUGGGCUUUGUAUUGUGUGAGAUACAGAAAUGGAGGGAAAAUCCAAAUGCUUCCCAAAGCAAAUUCAAGAUAUUGGGACUUGCUCUUCUCCGUGUCUUCCAGAACCCUAUAGUAUUUAUGGUAUUUAUAGGCAUUGCCUUUAACUUUGUACUUGGCCAGAAGAUCCCAGUUUACUUGGAAAACUUCUUGGAUGGCCUGGCAAGCUCAUUCUCUGGUGCUGCUUUGUUUUACCUUGGCCUUACCAUGGUCGGUCAGACUGGAAAACUUGAGAAGUCCUCGUUUGUUGCACUGCUACUGCUUAUCACAGCAAAGCUGCUGGUUUUGCCACUUAUCUGUAGGGAACUGGUGGAGCUCUUGGAUAAGACUGGUGAUGUGGUUAACCACACAAGUUUAGCUAACUAUGCAUUUCUCUAUGGAGUGUUUCCAGUGGCCCCGGGUGUUGCAAUCUUCGCCAGCCAGUUCAACAUGGAAUUGGAGAUUAUUACGCCUGGUAUGGUAAUCAGUACCUUUGUGUCUGCUCCAAUCAUGUAUGUCUCUGCCUGGCUGUUGACUAUACCCUCAAUGGAUCCCAAACGUCUAGUUUCUGCCCUACAAAAUGUCAGCUUUGAUAUUAGCAUCUUGAGCAUACUUUCCUUGAUCUGGUCCCUUGCUGUCUUGCUUUUGAGCAAGAAAUACAAACGGCUUCCUCAUCUACUUACUUCCAAUUUGCUUCUUUCUCAGUUAAUCGCUUGUGUUGGAAUGGUGAUGUGGAACUUUAUCAUACAAGAGAGAAACGUGGUGGGGCAGAUCCUAGUCUUUGUAAUUCUAUACAGUGCCCUCUACAGCUCUUAUUUUUGGACAGGCCUCCUCUCUCUGUCUUUGGUUUUGUUAAAAAAAAGAGAUGGGAAAGUUCCAGUUGUUUUUCUAGUGUUGGUUGGAUGGGGUGUCCCUGUGCUAGUUGUGUGUGUACUACUAAGUGCUGGGGAGCGUGACCUAGACAAUAUUGACUCUGCUUUUUUCUAUGGAACAUCCCAGAUUAUCUGCACAGCAGUGAUCUUGUCCUGCAGCAUAUUGUUGUCAGGCAUCUCUCUUAUGUGUAUGAGUCGAAGUGGCCAGGAUGGGGACUACCAUGUGUUGCUUCAGUCUUCCCAAAACAACAGCAACAGAUCAGUCAACAACAUGGAGGAUUCAAAGCCAGACAGUCCUGCUUUGGCCAGUAGUUCUUCACUUUCAACAGAAAGAGGUGUUCUUUCUGCAGAUUUCUGUUCUUGCAACAAGGAGAAUGGAGACUUGUGUCCUUCUGUGGAGUCGGCAGCUGCACUGAACAUAAAUUCGCCUCCAAGCAUCGAGGAAGUGCAUGAAUGCCUCACCCGCUGCAACACUCAGAGAUGUGUAUUAUCCCAAGAGGAACAACAGAUCAACAGCGGAGAUGCACAAAUGGCCAGACAUGUCUUACUCUGCUUAUUUCUUGUUGUCGGCCUCCUUGCCAAUGUUUCUAGCUGUUUCUGGUGGCUUUGUAACGUAGAACCAGGGAGACUCUAUGUUGAGCUUCAGUUCUUCUGUGCUGUAUUUAACUUUGGUCAGGGUUUAAUUUCAUUUGCAAUUUUUGGACUGGACAAACAUUUGAUUAUUCUUCCAUGCAAGAAAAGACUUGAGUUCCUCUGGAACGGCAGGGAAUCCAAUGUGAUUGCUGAAGAAGCAAGCCUGCCUGAAGAUAUACGAAUGACAUGUCAUCAGUUUGUACAGUACCACAAAGAUCUGUGUAUCCAGAAUAUAGUCAAGGGGAGAAGGUGUGGUGCAAGGAUCUCCCCAGGGGUCUUCUGGGGUUCUGAUCUGGUGAGCUGGCUUCUAGAGGUGGGACUUGCUCCUGAUCGAGGCGAAGCUGUGAAGUACGGAGAGAGGCUGCUCAAAGGAGGUGUCAUCCAGCACAUAACAAACGAAUAUGAGUUUAGGGAUGAAAACUUCUACUAUCGCAUGCUGAAUAAGAGAAGAGUCCCGAUCCAAAGCAGCUAAAAGUGACUGGGAACUGGGAGUUAUUCCUAAUGUCCUUUUAUAGCUGUACAGGCUGACUUGUGAGAGCGUUUUACCAGCCAGUACAGUAUCAUCCAUGUUCUUAUUAAAUAAGCUUGACAUGUCAAAGUUCAAUGCCGUUUUGCCAAGCAUUUUUACAAAACUGCACUUGAAAUGCCCAGAACGUGCCUGGCUAAGCUACACUUGAAAAAUGCAUAUAUUAUUAUCUAGAUUAUAAAAUUCAGGUACUGGUAUUAGUGGCAGGACCAUGUUUUAACAUAAGCCAUUUAUUCAGACAGUUUUUUGUUAUAUAGGGAUUUAUCUCAUGAACCUACUCUAUGUAUAGAUUGGGAAACUCUUCAGUAUUGUGCAACUGAGGUAAGAGGCCAUAAAUGUCUGUGUCUUUAAUUAACCCUUCUCUUAUACAUUUAUUAUUGCAAUUAUCCAUGUUUUGUCCAGUUUCUAGAUUCUUCUGCUUGACAUUUCAGGAAUGUUUUAUAAACACAAUAACUGACCAUUAUCUUACCACUGAAGAGGGGUAGAAUGUUCAGUAUGAAAAGAAAAACUGGGUAAAUAGGCUGCGCAAAAUAAAACAUGUUUCUAAUACAGUUUGUCAAACAUGUAAUGUAUAAAGACUGGAGUGACUGGAUAUGUAACAUAAUAUCCAGAACACUACUUCCUGCUUUGCAGCUCUCUUGGUUUCCACUGAUUGGUUGCCAGGCAGUAACCAAGGCACAUGGGUCAUAACUGUUGCUUUUGAAUCUGAGCUGAAUGCUGAGGAUUAGUUGCAAACUCACUGAACAGUUAUGUCCCAUGUGGCCCCCCUCAGUGUUAGAAAGCUGCAAAUCAGCAAGUUGGAUUCUGGCUGUUAGACACCCAGUCACUUUAUACAUUACAUUUUUGGCUAACUAACUAUACUAGAAUUUUUUUGAUUUUGCACAGCCUAUCUAUUUACACAACUUUUACUUUUACACUGAACUGUUUCUUUAAAAAUACACUAACCUGGGAAAUGAAGGGAAGGGCAUAUGGUGUGGUGGCUUAUUUCUCUGUUUUGGCUAAACAGGUUACAUUUUUGUUUUUCCUGCAAACAGCUAUUCUAUAGAUCCGGAUACAACCCAGUGCCUUCGCAUUACACUACUAGCCAUUGUGUUGGGAGGAUGAGGCUUAGGUUUGCAGCCAGGAGUUAGAUUAGAUGAAAGAGGUUGCUAGUGUGCCUUUAACAGUGUAUUGAGAUGUUUUUAGUGUGAUCAUGCCAGUAAAAUAUAAUUUCAAGGUUUAUGAAGGC